GUACAGCGGAGUAUCUGAUGUGGGCCAGCUGCCGAAGGAGCUGCAAAAAGAUGUGGAGGACAUCAUGGAGCGGGUCGGCGCGAGCUGCUGGGGUGUGACCAGAGGGCUCUUCACCCUUCCGAGGGAGGUCAGGAACGCGCUCCGUGCGCCAGAGGGGCUGGACGUCGACCAGUCGAUGUGCCACUGCUACGCACAGCGAAGCAGACAUGCGCCCGAGGACACCCCGAAGCUUCGCCACUACAUCGAGAACAGGACCGAAUGCGAGGCCUUCUUGGACGACCGCGACCUUGCCAAGGAGCUGUUCCGAGGGCUGAUGAAUACCGGCGGGGAGCCGUUGAUCCGCCGCGUUCUUCACAAGGCGAACAAGACGCUCCAGGACAUGCCGAAGUUCGUACUGGAGUUCCAAGCCGAGCAGUCGGUGCUGUUGGGCAAAGACGUAGCAAACCACCCGGAGCUGGCGCGACAGCUGCCCCCUGGCACUUUGCAGAGCGUGCUGAACGAGGAGUACGAGCGGAAGAACACGGACCUCUUGGCCGAGCUCUCGUCUGCCUUUGGGCUGGUGAACAGCUACGAGCACGACGGCAUCUACUGCCUUGCCAUGCCCUCCCAGCAUUCUGAGCUCCUUGCAAGGGCCAACGCCAUCGUGCCGGUCAAGGGCACUGGACCAUGGAGCGUUGAAACGGCAGUGGAGGCACUUCGGCAGCGGUUCCCUUCUCUGUCAUGGGAUGAGGUUGACGAGCAUUGGGAGCUCCAGCAGGAGAAAUGUAUGGAGAUCCGCAGAAGAUGUUUGCAUGGGCAGAAGAACUUCCCGAAGCUCUUGGCCGACGUCGUGCCGUACCACCGACUGGCCUCGGGCUACAUGGUGAAGGAGGUGUUCAAGGCAGUGCCCGUGCGGGAGGACAAGAUGUGUCUCAUGUUCUUCGUGGAUGGAUGCUGGAGAGACCAGGCUGCAGCUUCUGCCAGUGCGCUUGAGGACAUAGUGAGAGACGUGCUCAUCAAUGCCAUUGGCCGCUACAAGGGCGACUUACCAGUGGUGGUGUAUGAGACGCAUCCUCAGGUUGCCACGGCCCUGCAGCGCAUGAACGGAGGGCUCUUCGACAUGUCUUGGCACUUGAGUCUUGACGGCGACGACACUCGCCACAUCUUCGCAUACAAUGACGGCACCUUCCAAGACACCAGGGACUACACCUUGAAACCCAUGCGCCCGGGAAUUCCGGUCACUCGGAACGCGGACCGGCCAUACCCCGGCGCCCUCAUUGCUGAGCUUGAGGCCAAGAUGACGGAGGAGGGGCUCAACCUUGUGGAGAUCCUCACCAGGGUCAAAACUCAAGAGAUGUUCGCUGCGACGCACGUGGAGGAGCCGACGCCCUGCCUGGCGCUUCCUGAGGGCUUUCGGUACAGCCCGGAGCUAGAGCGUGACCUUGACCGGGUAGCUUCGAUCCUCCCUUUCUACGAGAUCAUGGCAAGCUGCCACGAGGACCCGCCCACGACCUUCCACGUGUUGAAAGGUAUGGCCAGAGUCAAAGCUGCGCCUGAAAACUUUGAGGAAGCCAGGUUCCACCAGGGCGAAGGUCAGAACGGAAAGGGCUUGAUGAAUGCCCUCUUUCGUACCUUCUGCGGCGAGUACCACGUCGAGCCCAAAGCCGAUAUCAAUCGUCCUUCGUGGAAGCAAGAGGGCUGGGAUCCGGUGCGCUUCCGACCACAAUUCAUGAUGAACUUCUCCAGCAACGCCUCUUUUGAAUUUCGUGCGAUUGACGGUGGUAUGAGGCGCAGCUUCACGGCCAUUCCGUGGCCUUUCAAGUUUGUGGCCAGGCCGGCGCCCAACAGCAACGAGAGACAGCUUCGGAACAAUCUGAAGCAGCGAGACUUUCUGCUGGCGAAUGUGAUCCCGUCCAUGGAGAUCAUCCUGAAGGAAGUGGAUCUGAUGUUCUUGAGAGACAGUGUCAGCACGCUGGUGGAGCCAAGAACGCAGUCGGUUCUGGCAUGCACCGCCCACCUGUUUGGGUCCUUGCAGCUCCAGGAUAUCAGGGAGGUCCUCGACUCCAUACCGCUCAGCCCCAACGCUGCCCUGGCCAGCUCACAGGGCGAUGUUCGGAAGUUCUUCCGCGACCACGAUGCGGUGAAGGGGCUCAAGCUGUCCGGCAAGCAACUUGACAGGCUGCUGCAGGAGGUGCUGGCCCCGAAGACAGUCAGAGGUAAGCGGGUGUAUUCGGCAGGAGACUUUCCUCAAUGUGGCGAACGAGCCACCGUUUUAGGCCAACGUUCCUGA